AUGUCAACUCGCUCACCUCACGACGCGCUCGGCCUUGUCGUCGACACUAAUUCUGAAUGUGGAGAUACCAAUCUUGAAGCAACGAUGCUCGGAGCUUCCAUUCAUCCCGCCAAUCUUCCUGUCGCGAUCGUCGAACCCAAUCGCCUUCGUACUUUGAAUCUGCUCGAGCCCAUCACUUCUCAUGUCGCCCAUGCUUUCAUUCUCGAAUCCGAGAGGCCUGUUGUAAUAUUCGAAUCCCAUCACCUCUGUUCUCUGAUAACUCUGCCCGAGCCCACCGCUUCUCAUGUCGCUCAUGCCCCCAUUGCCGAAUCUGCCAUUCCAUACACUAGUUUAAGCGUUACGGAGCUUAAUACUCCUCAUUUUGCUCGUGCUCCCAUUUCCGAGUCCGGGAAUCAGAGCUCUAAGGCUCAUGUGCUGAGCUGUGUUGCAACUUCGAACGCGAGAUCUGUCCCAAUUUCUCCCGUCGACAUUACAGUCUUUGAACUCUCCUUGCUAGCACAGCUAGACCAGCAAUCGAAAGAGAAGGCGCCGUCGAAAGCAUCUAUUGACGCCGAGGAGGUGCUAGUCAAUCGAUACAUCUGCACAUACGCUCUAGCCAUCGAAGCUCUACUCGGAGGUCCUAAUGUAAUGGCGAUCAGAGUAGGAAUCUAUGUGCAAACCAGUUUAGUUGCUGCGCAGUUACUGAUGAUUCGAGAGGCCUGGCACAGGAAGUGCGAGGACAGUCGCAAGGGUACUGGGACGAAGGAGUCCUCAACAUUGUCGGCGGAGGUAGAGAAGAAGGCAGACGUGUACACGGUGAAGUCGAUGCUAGCGGCGGUGGAAGAAUUUAAAAGUCGGCAAUGUCUCGCGGUCUCUUGUCGACCGUCGUAUCUUUCUUAUGUCCCUUCUAGUGACCCUUCCACCGGCGCAACCGCCGUUCGGCAAUCUGGUUCGACGGAUAUGCUUCUCACUCCUGCUGCACGUUACAUUUCUACCCGAUGCAUCGUACUCUCUUUUCCCACAUCCGGCACAGGAUCCAAUAGGAACGGCGGCGAGCAUGAAAGGGGAAGUGUGGCAAAUUUGGUUGGCGACGCAUUCAACGCUACUAUCUAUGUUCCUGCUAGUCAAGUUGAUAGCGCUCAAUCUCGGUGGAGCGAUGCUAGGACGCUGUGUGGGGACGUCAGCGGUGGGGUAACUGCUAACCAGGUUGGCAUUCCCACUGGAGCGACACCAACACCAACACCUAGCACACCUACGGUAACCUCCGGGCUAGGUUUUCCUCAACGUGGAAGAGGCUCAAGUCCUUCACUGGUCCUUGAGGAGGAAGAAGAAUACAAGAUUAGUCAGAGGGGAAUGUACGGCGCAAGCAUAUCAAGUAUGGCGACGAUGAGCUCGAUCGGCUCGAUGGGUACUAACAUCGCGAUUCCCGACAUGAGCCUUCUCAGCUCAGGCAGCGGAGCGACGACACCUGGCUUCGUCAAGGAUGUAAACAAUUCCUCAUCAGGAGCUGCUUCUGCAAACGUACCAGAAAUCAGUCUCAAGGCCAGCUCUCUGAAAGUUAAGGAUGACUUUGAGCAGCGGUGGUGGUAUCGGAAUGAUGUCGGAUCCCAACAAUUAUAUUUCUCAAUGACAUGGACCAAGCUCAAGGAACUUCUGACGGCGAAGAAAGAGGAGAAGAAGCAGGAGGCGGUCGGAAGAGAAACACGAGUUUCGUACGGGCUGUCUUUUUUGUCAAAGCCAACGAGGGUGAACAAGUUUGGGACCAGUAUAAAGAGAGUGAAGACUCCAACAAUAUAUCAGAAUUUUUUCACCAGUGGCUUUACGAAUGCGUGGGGAUUCUUCAUCGUGAUCUCAGCUCAGGGAACAUCAUACUGGCGGAAGUGGUUAGCACAACCUCCAGAUGUUGCUGCUGUACAUGAAACUAACGCCGGCCGGACCUGCUCAUUCAAGGAUAUACUGAGUCAACAAGACGAUUAA